GUAUAAAAGAGUCAGGACGGAGCUGAGAGGCCACAGCAGAGCCUUAACUCAGCCGAGUGACGACCGCCAGAGGACCGAUCAGCAUAAAGACUGCAGUUCAUCACAGUCAGGUGGAGACCAUGAAGAGUGCCAGGAAGAAUGACACAGGAGACGUUGGCAGUGAUCUAUCAGAGCAGAUCAAAGCAGCCACGAAGGACAACCACGUCCGAGCUGAGAACACACAGCUGAUGCUGAGCUACCAGAAGGGCCAGAUCACUCUGCCACAGUACAAGGUCCUGUUGUGCUCCCUCUAUGAGAUCUACAAGGUGCUGGAGGAGGAGCUGGACAGGAAUUCCUCCCAUCCAGCCGUUGCACCAAUAUACUUCCCUCAGGAACUCGCCCGCCUGGAGUCCCUGGAGAGAGACCUGGAGCAUUUCUUUGGUUCAGACUGGAGGAAGAGGGUGAUCGUCCCUGCAGCCACACACAGAUAUGAACAGAGACUACGCAAGAUUGGCAGAGAGAGCCCGGAGCUGCUGGUGGCCCACGCCUACACCCGUUAUCUGGGCGAUCUAUCCGGAGGUCAGGUGCUGGGGAAGAUUACCCAGAAAUCUCUGGGGCUGAGCAGCAAAGAGGGGCUUUCCUUUUUCUCCUUCCCCGGCGUGAGCAGCCCCAACCGCUUCAAGCAGCUGUACCGGAGCAGGAUGAACAGCAUCGAGCUGACGGAGGAGCAGAGGAAGGCGGCGCUGCAGGAGGCCGUGGACGCCUUCGAGCUCAACAUCCAGGUUUUUGAUGACUUGCAGAAAAUGUUGAGCAUCACAGCACAGCCGGCCGACCAGUCGGAGAGCAAAACGUCCGUGUUCCCGUCCUUGCCCAUCAUGCAUUUCACCGUGGGACUGUGCGUCGCCCUGACCACCCUUGGCGUGGGGAUGUACGCCCUGUAGGAUUUUAUCACCGGCACCUGCAAUCGAUCCGCACUAGCAGCACUUUACUGAUCGCCUGACGCAACAGAUGAAAUCAAGACUAAAUGUUUGAUCACAGCUGACACAGUGAUUCUCUUGACUUGUUGUAAUUUGUAUGAACUUCAUUAAACGACGCUACACUGUGAA